AUGAAGGUGGACGUGCUGACUUGCAUGGCUCUGGCUGCAGCCAGCCUCGUUGCCAUGGUGACCUGCGGCCGCAGCUCUGGACGCAGGAAGAACAAGGAGGUCUUCCUCGGGGAGAACAGCAAGUUCAAGUUUGGAGGGUUGGAAGAGUCAAUAAAGUCAAUAAAUUCCAAACUAAUGUUUUCAGGUGCAGCCAUCCCUGUGGGCAUCGAUGUGCAAGUGGAGAGCAUCGACAGCAUCUCAGAGGUCAACAUGGACUUCACCAUGACUCUGUACCUGCGGCACUACUGGAAAGACGAGCGGCUGGCUUUUCCGUCCCGAAACAAUCAGAGCAGGACGUUUGACUCGAGGCUCGUGAAGAAGAUCUGGGUUCCUGACGUUUUCUUCGUCCACUCCAAGCGCUCCUUCAUCCACGACACCACCAUGGAGAACAUCAUGCUGCGGGUUUACCCCGACGGAAACAUCCUCUACAGCGUCAGGGUCACUGUGACGGCUCUCUGCUCGAUGGACUUCAGCAGCUUCCCUCUGGACACACAGAACUGCUCGCUGGAGCUGGAGAGCUACGCGUAUAAUGAGAACGACCUGAUGCUUUACUGGAAGAAUGGGAACGACUCUCUGAGGACGGAUGAGAUCGUCUUGUCUCAGUUCUUCAUUGAGCAUUUCCAAGCCUCCAGUGGCCUGGCUUUCUACAGCAGCACCGGCUGGUACAACCGUCUGUUCAUUAACUUCAUCCUGCGGAGGCACAUCUUCUUCUUCAUGCUGCAGACGUACUUUCCCACCAUGCUGAUGGUCGUCCUGUCCUGGGUCUCCUUCUGGAUCGACAGGCGGGCCGUCCCUGCGCGUGUCUCCCUGGGUAUAACCACAGUGCUCACAAUGUCCACCAUCAUCACCGGAGUGUCCUCGUCCAUGCCUCAGGUAUCGUACGUGAAGGCAGUGGACAUCUACCUGUGGACCAGCUUCCUGUUCGUCUUCCUGUCUGUGAUCGAAUACGCGGCCGUCAACUACUGCACCACUCUGGAGGAGAUGAGGAAGAUGAAGAGGGGGAAGAUCCCAUCCACCUUCAACGCCAGCCAGGCGAUGGCCUUCGACGGCUGUUUCCAUGACAACGACAUCGAGCUGACUCCGUUCUCCCGCGUCACACCCACCCUGACUUCUGACCCCCUCACCACGCCGGCCCAAACCCCAGACAUCCGGCCCACGGAGGGGACUCGCCUCCGCCGGCAGCGGUCCGUGCGUGAAAACGUGGACCUGCUGGUGAGCAACAGCUACAUGAUCGACUCGUACUCCCGUCUCGCCUUCCCUCUGUCCUACCUGCUCUUCAACACCAUCUACUGGUGCCUGUACUCCUGAUCCAGCACUGCAGACUCUCUCCAAUGAACUUUGGUGAACUGUGUUGAGUCAGAGGAUUCCUCCUCCUCUCCACGCGGCUCCACUUCACUGAAUUAACUCUUGAUCUCAGGAGCCCCCCUUCAGCUUCAUCACUAAUCGUGUUCUUCACAAGAGACAUAAAAGCACUCCAGUUCCUCCGAGUAGGAACCGUUAAUUGUGCACAGUUUCACCCUGACGUGUGUCUCAUGGGUGCGGGUUGAGUCCUGACACUUGGAAAGUAAUGGAUCCUGAUUAGUUUACACGUGACUCUUCUUUCUGUGCAUCUUAUUUCUGAAGGUUGUUUCACUUUUGUCGGUAUCUUUA